UGUGUGUGUGUGUCUUGAAUACCUGAAUGACGAAGGGGGAAGGUGUAGAGGGGGAAAGGGUUGAGUAUGAUGGGAUGGGGGAGAACAGAAGGGGCGACAGGUAUCGUGAGCCAGGUUAGAUGUGUACAUGUGCAGGUGUGUCAGUGUGUCACGGGAGGUGUUCCGGUGUACAACAUGGCGCAGCGUACUGACUUAAGUGUUAGAGACUGGAGGGAGGAGGAGGACGAGGAAGAGCUGGAGGAGGAUGUAAGGCAAGACUCCAUAAACUCCCAAGUCCUUUACCAGAUGGCGAGGCAACGGUAUUAUGACAGCCGCAAGUUUGCCAUCGGUUAUCAAGAAUUGCAGUCUCGGUGGAGGUCACAGGUACCUCUACCCUCCUCACCACGGCGUCACCUGGACAUCCCCUCCUCACAGCCGCACCUCCCUCACCUCACCACCUGCUCCCCACACCAAGACCCACGCAGACAAUCCCUCCACCUUCCCCUCCACUCCCCAUUCACAAGUGGAACACCAUCAUACACCUCAGCUAUAUCCACUCCCUCCUCACUCCCGUCCUUCUCUUGCUCCCCAACCUCGCCCAAUACCUCGACGCUAUCCACUCCUACUUCACGCACCUCCCCCUGCUUCUCAGUCUCCCCAAGCACACCCUACGAGGAGCACUUCCCACUCCUGGAGAAGGGGUGCUGUGGGGAUGAGGUGGGGAGGGGAGAGGGUGAGGGAGGUGUAGUUUGCGGGGAUCAGGAGUGUCACCAGCCAAACCGCUUGCUCGGGAUGAUUCGGGAGAUGAUUCAAGAGGCACUCACGCACGCACACCUGAGAAGACGCCGGAGAGACCAGGAGCAACCGACGCCUGAUGAGCAGGUGGCGAUACUACAGACAGAACUGGAGGCUUACCGCGUGCUGAGUCGAGCUAAGAAGGAAGCAGCUGACCUACUGAAACACGAGCUGAUGGCGGUUCUGUACGAGCGAGUGUUGGCUCAGGAGGAGCAAGACCACCUGAGACGCCAGCUGGAGAGGGAGAUCACGAGCCUUGAGUACGAGCUGCACCUACAGAAGACCACUGCCCAACACCACCUGACCCAUCUCUCCUCGCAGCUACACAGAGCUCUGGCGGAGAAGCGACGACUGCAGCAACAACUGACACCACGCCCUCACCACCCACCCCGUGACGAAGGCCCGUUAGGGGAGCUGGACACGACAGCAAGUACCAAACGGUGCCAGUCACGAAGGAGGUCCUGUUGAGGAUACACAAAGACCGCCACACACACACACACACACAACGCACACACACACUCUGAUUAAGAGCAAAUAUCGUUCAACUGCCUUCCUACUUAACAUUUUAACUGUAAACACGAAAAGAAAAAUAAAAAAAUAAAAAUAAACAAACACCAUACUCGUAAAGUAGAUGAUAAUGCUGUUACUUCAACAUGAUUACAGACAACAACAACAACAACAACAACAACGGCUAUUACUACUACAACUGCAACUACGUAGUACUGCUGCUGCUGCUACUCCACUGCCAGCCUCUGCAAAAACAAACACAUACGUGGCACUUGAGCAUGAGAGGGCCAGAUUUGUGUCAUGCGAGAUGAGGAGUGCCACAUGCAAAUGGUGUCUCCUCACUGCCACUGUCUUGUACUAUCUGAGAGGGUCAUUCUAUGAGAGAGAGAGAGAGAGAGAGAGAGAGAGAGAGAGAGAGAGAGAGAGAGAGAGAGAGAGAGAGAGAGAGAGAGAGAGAGAGAGAGAGAGAGAGAGAGAUUUGUAUAAAGUUUCCACUUCUGAGUUAGGAAAAAAUAGUUUAUCAUAGAAAAGUAUUUGUUUGGUAUUACUGAAGCUCUCUCUCUCUCUCUCUCUCUCUCUCUCUCUCUCUCUCACACACACACACACCAUAUCAUACUGACUUAAAACUUUAUGUGAAUAUGUAAGAAUAUAAAUGAAUAAGUGAAUAAGUAAAUAAAUGAAUAAAUAAAUAAAUGAAUAAAUAAGCAAUCCUAGCAUUUCCAUUAUCUAUAAGAAAAAGAAUGAAAAUAAACAAAUAAAACCAUGGAAAAGAAAAUGACCAAAUAAA